CCCGUCAAUAAAACAUUUAGCUCAGCGCGCUCCAAAUGCGCCCCCACGCGGCCGUGCCCACCACAGCGCGUGUCCGCACUGCGCGUGCUCAUGUGACACAUCCGGCUGGCUGGUCCGUAUCAAUCGAUCAGAGAGAGGAAGAUGGUGGUGGACGGAGUUAGCGUUGUUGGAUCGAUCACCGAAAAACUCGAUUGGGCUUAUUUUUCCUAACUGAGCCCAACACUUCCUAACGCCACUCGAUCCAGCAGCGUGAAUCCCGGAUAAAUAAGCGACAUUAAGCAGAGCGUGUUGGCCAUCCAGUCUUUUCCCACAGCCCUCAGAAUGAUGGACUUCCCAUGGCACAGUGGGAAGGUUCUGGAACAACUUAACCGGCAACGGAAACAGGGCCUGCUGUGUGACUGCACCUUUGUUGUGGAUGGUGUGGACUUUAAAGCCCAUAAGGCUGUUCUGGCAGCCUGUAGUGUCUACUUCCGCACCCUCUUCCUGGACCAGAAAGAUGUUGUUCAUCUGGACAUCAGCAACGCGUCAGGAUUAGGUCAGGUGCUGGAGUUUAUGUACACAGGCAAACUAAGUUUAAGUCCACAGAACAUAGAAGAUGUGUUGGCUGUGGCUAACUUUCUACAAAUGCAGGAGAUUGUAAAUGCUUGCUCUGCAUAUCAGUCAAUGGCAAAUCCAGUUCCCUCCCUUAUAACACUGGAUUUUGCUGUUGACGAAAAGCAUAGUGACAGAGAGCAGGGGGAGGAACUGGAGAAUGAACUGGCUGAUGUGGCAUGUCAAGCAGAGGCAAAUCCUCCCACCAGUCCCGCAGAAAAUAAAGAGCCCAAAGAAAUCCAGGACAGUUCAAAGGAGGAGAUCUCUACUGAAACAGAGCAGACGAUUUCCCAGCCAUGCUCCACCAGAACCUUGUCUGGCAGAGGACGUACACACAAAACCACCCCCAGCACUGCUCCAAAGAAAAUGAAUUUAAAGAAGGAAAAAGAUAAUGCGGCACAAGAUGCCCCUGAAUUUCAGGAUGACCCUUCUGAUGCGGACUAUACACCCAAGUCACCUUUAAAAUCUGCUGGUAGCUCAUCCUACGUGAGCUCUCGAGGUAGAAGAAUAAGAAAACCUCCACGACGGAACUUCCCACCUGACAAUGACUCGGAAGAUGAAGGUCCAUCAAAGACAAAGAUUCAGAAGAAGGAUGCUGAGCCAAUGAAGGUGGCUGAAGAACAGGAAGAUGACUCUGGGGAGGCUGGUAAUGGGGAAGCUGAUGAUGAAGAUGGGGAUGAAAAUGAAGAUGGUGAGAUCAGCCAAGAGGAGGAACACAUUGAUUCAAGCGAUGAGAGAGAUGGGAAAUGUCACUCAGCGUCUAUGAGCAGCCGAUCUGAGUCAAAGUCUUACAGCUCUGUGACACACAAAUGUGAGGACUGUGGGAAAAAAUUUACACACACUGGUAAUUUCAAACGACACAUGCGGAUUCACACCGGAGAGAAACCAUUUAGCUGUCGGGACUGCAACAAGGCUUUCUCUGACCCUGCAGCCUGUAAAGCCCACGAAAAAACACACAGCCCUCUCAAACCAUACUGCUGCUCUACUUGUGGAAAGAGCUACCGUCAGAUCAGCCUCCUUAACCUGCACCGCAAACGCCACACGGGUGAAGCACGCUACAGCUGUGACAUGUGCAGCAAGCUCUUCACCACAUCUGGUAAUCUAAAGCGACACCAGUUGGUGCACAGUGGUGAAAAGCCUUAUCACUGUGACUACUGUGACAAGGCCUUCUCUGACCCUACCGCCAAGAUGAGACAUCUGGAGACACAUGACACAGAGAAAGGCAACAAAUGCCCACAUUGCGACAAACGCUUCAACCAGGUGGGAAAUCUUAAAGCUCACUUAAAAAUCCAUAUCACAGAUGGGCCUCUCAAGUGCAAAGAAUGUGGCAAACAGUUUACUACUUCAGGAAAUCUGAAAAGACACUUGAGGGUUCACAGUGGCGAGAAACCAUAUGUCUGUGUGCACUGUCAGAGAGCUUUCAGCGACCCUGGAGCUCUGCAGCGGCAUGAACGCAUCCACACAGGAGAGAAGCCUUGUAUCUGUCCUAUCUGUAGCAAAGCUUUCACCCAGGCCAGCUCCCUCAUUGCUCAUGUCCGACAGCACACUGGAGAGAAACCCUAUGUGUGUGAUCGUUGCGGCAAAAGGUUUGUACAGUCCAGUCAACUGGCCAAUCACAUUCGGCAUCAUGACAAUGUCCGUCCACACAAGUGUCAUAUGUGCAACAAGGCAUUUGUCAAUGUUGGAGACCUAUCGAAGCACAUAAUUAUUCACACAGGGGAGAAGCCUUUCUUGUGUGAUAAAUGUGGUAGAGGAUUCAACCGGGUGGACAAUCUGCGAUCCCACGUGAAAACCGUCCACCAUGGCAAAGCCGGUAUGAAGCGGCUGGUGUUUGCAGGCGGCAGCACAGAUGAGGGCUCUGAUGCAUGUGCAGGGACAGCCACCUCUGACAGUGAGAUUAAUAUAGUUACCGUCAGCACGGAAGACAUCGUCACCCUAGCAGCAAGUGCUGUAGCGCAACUCACAGUCGUUCCAGUGGCUGCUUCAGUUUCUGCAGAUGAAACAGAAGCUUUGAAAGCUGAAAUCACCAAGGCAGUGGAGAAAGUGCAGGAAGCAGACCCUAACACACAGAUCUUGUAUGCAUGCGAUUCAUGUGGAGAUAAAUUCUUGGAUGCAAGCUCCUUAGCUCAGCACGUACGCAUCCACACAGCACAGGCCUUGGUCAUGUUUCAGGCAGAUUCUGACUUCUACCAGUACACCACAGCCACCACCAGUGAGGGGGAAACUGCCACAACAUGGCAGCCCACAGCAGAACAAGUCAUCCAAGAAGGGGAGCUGAUCUUCCGUGCUCAUGAUGGGGAAGGAGAAGCAGAAGAAGGGAUAGUGGAAGAGACAGAAGAACAGGGACAAGGAGCAGGAGUGGUGAUUCAUGAAGGCGGGGAAGAAAGUGGGGAGGUGGCAACUCACAUUCAGCUGCAGGCAGAAGAAAACAAUGAACCUACAGCAGAGAUAGAAGAGGAAAAAGAUGGCAAGGUAGUAUGUCAGAGUCAGGCAUAGAGGGGCAGAUUUGUUUAGAGAGACUUGUGAACAGAAAUCAGUGUGUGCAGGAAAGAGACAUACGGAAAAGUAAGUUAAUAAGGCCUCAGAGUUUUAUCAUCCCAAAAUUUUAAAAGUAAUCUGAGAUAAUGACUUGAUUAAAAAAAUAUAUAUAUAUAUAUAUAUAUAUACGUCAACAAAUUAUAUUUUUUACAGUUCUAAUUCUGGUAAGAUAUGGUCAUUUAGUAAAUAUUAUUUCUGAGAGAGUUAUACUAUUUUUUGCGUAGUUUAUUUUUAGACUUGAAUGCUGGAUCGUGUAAAACAGUUAGAUCACACUUCUCUUAAUUUAAAAAGCUCUGUUUGUUUUUUCCAAUUUGCUAAAAGAUGCUAUAUGUACAUUCUUAAAGUUAAGAUAUAUUAUUGUACUUGAUUAUUUUCAUGUACAGUGCAUUACAUAUGUAUAUGUAUAUACACAUAUGUUUAUAUACAUAUUCACAUCAACUUCAAAGAGUAGUAAUCCUGUAAAUAUGGGUAAUUAUUACCUUUUAAAAAAAACUAGGAUGUCAUAUGUGUUAUAUGUUCAGGCAUACGUUACAAGUGCUGUUCAUGUUUAAUAUUUAAUUGUUUAGGCAAAAGUCUUCUUCAGAUAAAUCUGCGAUAAAUAUUUCUCAGAUUUACCUUGAUAAGUCAUAAGUCUGUAACCAAUGGUUUCUUUUUAGUUUGUAUAUAUGAACAUCUGCUCCCUAUUAAUGGUGGUAACACCUACGUGGGUGUCAUCAUCAAAUUAAUAAAGAAUCAUUGCAGUCAUA